AUCUACUUAGAAAGCUUCGCUCCAAAGCCUGCAUUAAUCUCCCAACAAAGAUCACAGAGAAAUUGAGAGAGAUCGAGAGGUAUGCUGGGAAGAGUAAGAAGACCAUCGAUUAGCUCGUUGGAGCAAUUGGAGAUGGAGAGGCAACCUCCCAAGCUCAUCAAGACCGAUUCUCUCUCAGUUUACGAGACCACACUACUCAAGUUAAAAGAAGGCUCGCGCCGUGAACUAUGCUUCUGUCUCGAAGAUUCAGCUAGUGAAAACAUGAUUCCUUAUACAGAAAACAGCUCUAAAGGAGGAGAGGAAGCAUCUUCGCUCGAUGGCAAUUCUUGUUCUGGCGGUUCAACUGAGGAUUCACCAAGGCAACAACAAGCGGCGAGAUAUUUUUCACUUCCCUUCCUGUUUUUAAGGGCAAUGCAAAAGUUAUAGGAGAGUGAGGGGAUGGUAAUCAUAGCGGACAAGGUCUGAACGAGGGAAGAUAUUUAAGUCAGACAUAAACAUGAGUCGGCAAG